UUGCAAUCGACGAGCAACACAGACAGUGGGACCUCGGAUAACUGAGCAAGAUGGCAGCUUCAGUGAGAUAGAAGCAGAACGAAAGUCUUCCUCUCCAGUGCGCCUCAUCGGCCAUGACGAAAAAGCGUCGAGGAGCUCGAGAAGGCAUCAAGCCCUCAAUGGGUGUAGAUUCGAGACAUCAUGCUGGUCAAACGCCUGACGCAGAACAUCUGGUAGAUUGUCUCUCUGUCGAAUACCCCUUGUUAGACGUUGCUCUCAUCCACAGUCUCAUCUCGGACCAUGAAGAGCCACUUACACGUCUCGAAGAGAUCCGCGAUCAAUUAGGAAUCCUCGAGGCUACCCUGGUUCCGGAUCUGGAUGGGCCAAGAUCUUCGAGCGUUGAUCACAGCUCUGUGGGCGAAGGCUCGACGCGAGACUUGGAAGAUGGGGUACGAUCGUUGACAGUUGGUUCUGAUGCCGGCGAUGCUAGUUCUGCAAGAGGAUCCGGAAGUGGAAGUACUCGAUAUCCCAGCUCCAAGACUCAGCCUACUUCCCUUUCAAUGUCGAUAUCGACUUCAUCAUCGUCUCUGGCAUCUGACCAUCCCGGACUUGAAUCCGCGACAGAGCUCUCAGCACAGAUCGACUUAUUGAAGACGCUGUUCUCCGACGCCUCUACCAAAACCAUUCGUAAUGCCAUUUUGGCGGAACCUUCACUCCCCGCCGCCAUUGAUCAUUUACUCUCACUCGAGUUGAUCCGCCAGGUCGAGCGCGAAGGCGCUUGGCCUGACUCAGAAAUGUCCAGUGGGACAGAAGGGGACGGCUUCGUGCACGCUGCCAAGAGUAAUCAACCAGCUUCAAGUCGAAAGAAGCGAGCUCCAAGGGGUAUCACCGUCCCAUUGGUUGACUCGCUCCAACGUAGACCGGCACCCAUCAAUCGCUCUUCAUCUCGUACCAUCAUCCCUGCCGGUCCUUCAUCAAAUGCUUGGGGCACAGUCUCCUCAUUGUCUGCUUACCUAUCAGACCUCUUGUCCGCACCGUCGAGCUACUUCCUCAGCUAUUUUCACUCACCAAAUUACCAUUCAGCCCUGUCGGCGAUUCGCGCCGCCCUCAAUGCUCUUCCUGCAAAUACGCAGUCUGGCGACCCCAAACCGGUCCUGGAGGAUCUGUACGGUGUGCAACUAUCUGAGGAACCGGGAACCGCAGACGACCUGGCCAUGUGUGCACGAGUGACGGACGACGUAUCGAUCAUCAUGGAUCUCAUGGAUCUCUUGGCCGAAGUGUCAUACUGGCCAGGUGACAAUGAUGUAUUGGCCUCGGCGCUGAACAGCACAGGCGCUUCCAGACCGUCAACGGCGCCGCCCACACCGCGACUGGCGUCGACACCUAUGACUCCGUCCUCCUCGCAAGAUAGCGUCACGAGUCACAAAUCGCGAGCAGGGCCUCACCCUGGCCGCUUGUUGACCCGGCCAAUAUCACAGAAGCCAACAGCAGAAGCACCGGAAGUGAAGGUAAUUCCAGGCUCUCAAGCUCCGCCAUCUGCCGCGUUCCAUCAAAUGGCGAUGGACAAUUUUGGACAGCCAUCCUCAUACGCUCGCCACACUUCCAAGUCAAGUAAAGGCAAAUCCAAUGGGUCCGUCAGGCAGGUCCAUCCUCUCAAUUGGCGCACGGUGGACCAUGCCCGACAUCAUCCCGCUCGGACAUUGCAUCCAUUGGCAUCGAAUAUCCCAUCUUACGCACGCGGCGCAACACCCCACGAUCCAUCUCCUGGAUCUCUGUACCGGCAUCCGCGGUCUUCAGAAGUGGACCUUUACUAUGUCAAUGCCAACAAGGAACGCGAGAAACGUGCAGAUGCCAUUCGAGCAGCUGCGAAUCAUUUCUCUGGAUCAGCUCUCUCAGGCGGAAAGAGCGUCAAUGUGAUGGUUGCUGGGCACUACGCUUCUCAAGCUAGAGAAGCUGAACAGAGGGCCAGAGAUUGGGAAAUGAAGGCUGCUCAGCGUAUUGUCUCGGAUCAACUUGCCCUCACGGGAAAUGGCAUUGAUCUACAUCAUCUCACAGUCGAAGAAGGCACGUUGGUGGCGCUGGAAAUGACCAGAAAGUGGUAUGAUGCGCAAAAAGCCGCAAAUUAUGCAGGGACGACAGACGAGUCUCGCAGAAGGAUCGCAAACUUCACGCCGAGUUCCGGUCUCGUCGUGGUCACAGGGAAGGGAAGACAUUCGAAAGGCCAACGCGGUGUGCUCGGGCCAAGCGUCGCGAGUGCUUUGAGGAGAGAUGGGUGGCGGGUCGAAGAGGGGAUGGAUAGGGGCUAUCUUGUGGUCAAGGGAAGGGCUUGAAGGAAUCUGAAUACCGGUAUAUAACUCUCUUGCUAGCUUGCAGCUGUCACUAGA